AUGCAAAGAAUCAACCAAACCAUUAGGGUCACCAAGUUUAUACUUGUGGGUUUCUCCAGCCUGGGUGAGUUACAGAUGCUACUCUUUGUGGUCUUCCUACUUCUCUACAUGACAAUCCUGUUGGCCAACGCCACCAUCAUGACUGUGAUCCGCUGUAGCAGGUCUCUCCACACUCCUAUGUAUGGCUUCCUUUUCAUCCUCUCUUUUUCUGAAACCUGUUAUACCUUUGUUAUUAUCCCCCAGCUCCUGGACCACUUGCUCUCUGACACCAAGGCCAUCUCCUUUGUGGCCUGUGCCACCCAACUCUUCUUCUUUCUAGGCUUUGCAUGUACCAACUGCUUCCUCAUUGCUGUGAUGGGCUAUGACCGUUAUGUAGCCAUUUGCUUCCCCUUGAGAUACAUGAUCAUCAUGAACAAGAAGCUGGGGCUGGGACUGAUAUCUGUGUCUGCUGCAACAGGAUUCUUCAUUGCCCUGGUGGCCACCAAUCUGAUCUGUGACAUGCCCUUCUGUGGCCCCAACAGGGUCAAUCACUAUUUCUGUGACAUGGCACCUGUUAUCAAACUGGCCUGUACAGACACCCAUGUGAAGGAAUUAGCUCUAUUCAGCCUCAGCAUCCUGGUCAUUAUGGUUCCCUUUGUACUAAUUCUAAUCUCCUAUGGCUUCAUUGUAAACACCAUCCUUAAGAUCCCAUCAGCUGAAGGGAAGCUUAAGACAUUUGCCACCUGUGUCUCCCAUCUCACCGUAGUCAUUGUCCACUAUGGAUGUGCCUCCAUUAUCUACCUCCGGCCCAAAUCCAAGUCUGCAUCAGACAAGGACCAGCUGGUGGCAGUGACCUAUACUGUAGUGACUCCUUUGCUCAACCCCCUUGUGUACAGCCUGAGGAAUCAGGAGGUGAAGGCAGCACUGAAGAAAGUCUUCUUGAGGCCAUCUCCUGCCAAGUUGAUCUGA